CCCCCUCUCGGCGGCAGUGACCGCAGCGACCUCCGGGCUAUGCGACUCGUCGGAGAGAAAGGCGAAUCGGAAUCCCCCGCAGAAGGGGAGCGCCGCCUCGGGGAGCACCCGCGGCAGCAGCGAGCAGCGCGCUACCCAAUGCCGCUCGGCGUCGCCGGAGGGGCACCACACAUGGCAGGGGAAGGGGGAAGCACCCGCGCCGUCGGCUCCGCCCCGGCGACGACGCGCGCUCGUCGCCCUCCUCCUCGCUGGCCUCGCCGCCUCCACCGCAUCCCCAACGCCAGGCCGCCGCAGCCGCUCGACGCGGCCCACCUCAUGGACGCUGGGACUAGUUCCACUGAUAAGAACUCUCGGUUCCACCAUGGUCCAUGGAGCCAGAUCCUUUUAAAAUUGAUUAAGUUUGACAUUCAGAAAGGGACAGCAUUUUUGUCUGGAAGCGGGUGUAUGUUCCUGGCCACGAUGGUCGCAGGGAAAAGAGCAUAGGUAACAUUGGGCAUGGAGUUCUUCACAGAAUAUGGGGAGGCAAGCCAGUAUCAGAUCGAAGAGAUCAUUGGCCAGGGAAGCUUCGGAGUAGUUGCUGCUGCAGUAGAUACCCAAACUGGGGAGUGGGUUGCGAUCAAGAAGAUACAUGAUAUGUUUGAGCAUGCCCCAGAUGGCACCCGCAUUCUUCGGGAAAUCAAGCUUCUUCGGCUUCUCCGCCACCCAAACAUAGUUGAGAUCAAACACAUCCUGCUUCCCCCUGCCCGAAGGGAGUUUAGAGAUAUUUAUGUUGUUUUUGAGCUCAUGGAGUCAGACCUACAAAAAGUGAUCCAAGUAAAUGAGAACCUCACCGCAGGGCAUCACCAGUAUUUCUUGUAUCAGCUUCUUCAUGCCCUCAAGUACAUCCAUGCAGCUAAUGUAUUUCAUCGUGACUUAAAACCGAGCAACAUACUUGCCAAUUCUAAUUGCAAACUAAAGAUCUGUGACUUUGGGCUUGCACGCGCAUCGCGUGAUGAUGCUCCCUUGGCUAUAUUUUGGACUGACUAUGUGGCUACAAGGUGGUACCGUGCUCCUGAAUUAUGUGGCUCAUUUUUCUCCAAAGUCAGUGUCUGUUUGUUUGAGGCUAAGUUUGCCUAUGGUUGACACGGGUUGAGAUCCUCUGCAGUACCGUAUGGUGCUGUAGUGUGGAUGACAUGUGGGGCCAGGUCCCACAUGGCAGUGACUGUACAGCACCGUACAGUACUGCAGAGGAUCCUAACCCGGUUGACACACAUCACACACCUAAGGUUGGGCAAUUUGAUUGACGUAGGUAGGUCUUUGGUUCAAGCCACACCUUCGGCAGGAUUCUUUUUCCACCAAUAAGGUCCCACAUGCCAUACACUUACAAAGUGUGACAAGAUUCCCUUAGGCUCCAAUUUGAACUAACCUUAGGCAAGUUUGGCAAAACAAUUGUGCAAAGUGUGACAUUGUUAGUCCUAGAACCAAACAACCCCUUAGUCCUCAAUUCCGAGCUCACUAUUGUCAAUAGUACAGAAAGGAAGCCUCUUGCAGUACUAAAUCUGUACGCCGGUGUUGCUUGUUAUUGCAGACUUGUUUCCAAUGCGUGAAUCGUUCUAAUGUUUUAAAUGUGUAUAUGAUGUUUUUUUCUUUCCGAACUGGCACAUAAGUGCUGAUCAUUGUAGUAGAAGAAAAAUUCCAAGGCGGAUGUCUUACACUGCCAAGAAAAACAAAAAAGAAAACAAAAGAACUGUACAUGUCCUAGGCUAUGGGCUAUGGCUCAAGGCAAAGGCUCAGGAGGGUGUCCUUGUUGAGGCAAGGCCCUCAGCACCUUGGCACCAGGCAUCAUCCAGAGAUGGGCUUCGGUGAGAAUGGCGUCCGCCAACUCCGGUGCGUCUAGUGAGGCAUCAUCAAAUACAAAGCGUUGUGCAGCCUCCAUAGCUGCCACAUGGUGAGGAUGAUGAUUGAGCACGCUCCAUUGGAUCUUUGACCACCGGCCCUCUCCACAGCAACUUCAAACCAGGUGGGAAAAUUAUCACCAGGCUGUGGGCAGAGAUGCUGGAGCGAGAAGUAGCUUAGGACCGAGUGCCAGAUCUGAUGUGCGAAGGCGCACCCUGUUAACAGAUGCGAGUUUGUCCCGUCGUCCUGGUCGCACAACGGGCAUUGAUUAGGGCUGGGUAGGCCUCGCCUUUGGAGACGGUCAACAUCAGUUGGCUGCUGCUAGCCAUGCAAAGACUUUGCAUUUCAGAGGAGCCCAGCUACCCCAGAUCGGUGCUGAGAGUGGUUUUUAGACACUGCUGGCGAAAAGAGCCGUGUAAGCAGAUAGAGGGUUGUAUGGGUGGGAGGCGGAGAGAGUCCAGACGUACUGGUCGUCGGUGUCGGCGGAGAGGGUAGGGCUGUCGACAAUCUCCACAAGGUAGAGUAACUCCAUAAUGCCUUUCACAAUGAGGGCGCUUGAGAUAUCAUGGAUCCAGUGUCCGUCAGUGCAUGCUUUGCUCACCGUGCAGCGAUUGAUGACACGCAUGCUGACUGCAGCAGGUACCAUGGGGGGCAGAUCGGCCACUGACAUCCCGUUAUUCACCUGUCUGACCAAAAUAGGGCAUGGCGGCCGUCGCUCAACAUGACCUUGCUCGCUGCAUGAAGGAGACUGUCGACAUGCCUUCCAUCUUAAUAGGGAGCGAGCCUGUCGGAGUAAUGGGCCACGGGUAGGCUAACCCGAGUCCCAGGAUCUUUCAAGACAUCAGGGCAAGCCGCGCCCCUCAGGCCGAGUCUCAGGAGCGACUCCAAAGUGUGCCGAGUCCUAGGGACGACUCCAAGACAAGCCGAGUCCCAGACGGCGACUCCGAGAUAUGCCGACUCCA